AUGGAGCCGGUUUCAAUUGAUGAUGUACUGAAAAGAAGGAAUAAAAAACAUUCUAAGAUACAACAAAUACAUUCAUCAGCCUCAGAAUUAUUCGAUACUAUUAGGGAUUCCUAUAAGAAACACUUUGAGGAUUUCAAAGGCAAUCAAGAUGGAUGGAAAACUUCUGUUGAUGGUGGAAAGGAGUGGAAAAAUGUCAUAUACUGUCCUGAUUUUUCACCUUCCGGUGAAAUGAUAUAUCGUAAGCGUAGCAAAACAUCGCAAAUGUAUAAAAUUAUAUACAACACGAUACAAAUAGGGUUUAUACACCCUAAUUUACAAGUCUGUAAGAUUGUGGAUAGCACACAUCCAAUCCGUUUCGCCACUCCUCCUGAGGAAGAUUGCUAUACGGUAGUUUACACGGGGCCCGAGAUUUUGCCCAGGAGUGAACGAGUAAUAUUUGGCGAAUAUACUGGGAUAGUAUUACAUAACAGUGCUUCUGAUCAACAGAGAUUUGAAUAUGUUUUUGACCUAAGUUUCAAUACAAAUGCUUGGCCAUCUAAGAGCAACAACGCACCCAUUAUAACCCUGCCGGGCGAUGGCGAUUACAUACUUGACAGUAGUACUGCAUUUAACGAACUAAGUCUGGUUAAUCAUUAUCAAGUUAUAAGCUUGUUUGGUAAUGUUACCAUGAGGAAAAAUUGCGAAUGGCAACAAGUUUUUUUUGACGGUUGGCCUCACGUCAUCCUUACAUCCAUACCAGGCAUAGGAAUAAAGCCUGGAGAGGAACUACUUGCGGACUUUGGCAACGAAUGGUUCACAAAGGUGACCGACAUGUCACACAAACUCUUAGCAAGAGAAUUGCUUGAAUAUCGCAUGGGAAUACGCAGUACUCCUGUUAGUGAUCAAAAAUUGACCAGAGAUAUAACUCUAAUUGAUAAAUCAAUAGACCCUUUGGUACAAGUAAUGGAUGAUCCGCCCUGUGCCAUUUGUAAUAUAAUAGAUAAGUCGCACAUUGAAGGCUAUGAUGGUCAGCACAAAGAUGAUAGUCGAUCAAAUAAAUGUAAUACAGCAUUAAACAAGCAGAAAUCAAAACAAAAUAAUUUGAAAUCUCAAACUAAUGUCAAUUAUGUUGAAUCGUAUGCUGAACAAUCCAUUCCGCGACACGUGUAUUGCGAUGGCUGUGAUCGCCCAUUUCACACUUCAUGUCUAAGGGAAAUAAUCCCAUCUUUUAUAACACUGCAUUUUGCCCAUAAAAACGCUAAUAUUAGUCUUAAUUCAGGAUUUCCCACCUUCAAUGACCCGUUAGACAAGUGGUACUGCUAUUACUGUAGGAGGUUGGCUCUGGAUAUUAUUGAGGCCGAUCAACAUUUGGAAAUCAGUAUUUCAAAACGAAAUAAAUUUUGCAAUUACAAACAAAACCCCAAUAGGAAAAAUGCCAAACCAAUGCCAUCUCCGUUCUCUACUUCAUAUUGUACUGAAAGUAAUACGUAUACUGAUUUAAAAAGCCCGGAACCCAUAGUAUCAAUGGACUCGAUAAGCUCAUCAAAAACCAAAUUAACCUCAACUAUAUCAAUAGAUUCAGAACUAUAUGAUUUUUAUGAGGGAACUGAUUACAUAAAUUAUAAUAAGGAAUUCAAUUCAGCCAAAUACAUCUUUGGCGAAGUAUUUGAGAAUCCUUUUAACACUUUUGGAAACCGCAUAAAAGUUUGCAAGCAAUGUAUCAUUUCUAAUGGAGAAUUGGCUAGCGUAUAUGUGUGUAGAGUUGUCAAAAGACAUCUUGGUGGGAAUCAUGAUCACCCGCACAAUCUUAAGUCGUUUGAACUUAAAGAAAUGCUGUUGGAAUUUUACCAACAGCAAAUCCACUUCUACAUAAGGUUAUGUGUAAUUAAGAACAUCGCUUUGAGUUACUUAUGCUACAAAAAUGAGAGAUACUAUAAUGCAUUUAAUGACUUAUUCACAGAUAAUGUCAUUAACACUAAAUCUGAUAAUGCAUUGAAGAGGAGGAAAAUCUUGAAUCAAUACAUAUUUGAUAGCAUAGGUGGUAUUAGAAACGAAAUAAACAUAACAUGUGAAUCUAGUAAUCUUUUGGAAUAUAUAAACAAUAUAAUUUCCAACAAUUGGUAUGUGAGAGAUGAGUUUGCCACAGCAACGAAUGAUGAAUCUACUCAAAAUGUUGAAAAAAUACCUAACAACGACAUAAUAAACGCACCUAAAUAUCAUGCAAAUAAUGAAAAAGGUGAAGAUAAUAAUAUGAUAAAGGGUAAAAAUAAGGAAAAUUAUAAUAUUGGUAAAGAGAUAGGAUUUGACAAAACGUCCAUAUCAAAUAAGCCUAUAAAGAGGUUUAUUCCAUUGCUUGGAGUUUGGAUAGGGGAAACAUCAAUUUUGCGUAAAUUCGAUGAUGGAUAUUAUCAUGGAAUAGUGACUGAUUAUAAUGAUGAAAUAGAGAAUUAUACCACAGUUUUCAAAGUUAGCUAUAUGGAUGGAGAUGAAGAAUUUUUACAGCCUGAGGAUCUGGCAACUGAAUUGAUUGAAAAUAUUGCCUUUUGGAGGCAAAUAACAAGGGAGAUUAGGAAGGGGGAAGAUUUUCAAUAUAUAGACGCUAGUAUUUUGGGAAUUAAUGCUAAGAAGUUGUUGAGUGGACUUGUGCAUCCUAGGUUUAAUACAGUAAGGGAGUUGUGA